AUGAGCGAGAAAGUUACAAGCGAGCCAGUGGCUCCAGCUCAACCUCACGGAGAUGAUGGAUUCUUCGAACACACUUCUUCAUCUUCAGCUAGCGAAAAGAAUAAGUUUCACAGUGAUGUUGAAUCAGGUAAACCCAAGGGAGCCGAUGAAAUGAACGAUGAAGCCGGUAACAUUUUAACUCAAUAUACCGAAGAACAGGUUAUGCAAAUGGGUAGAAAUUAUGCUAGCAAGCACGAUCUUGACACUGAGUUAUUUGCCAGAGCUGCAGCAUUAGCUCGUACUCCAGCUGAAUUCAAUUCUAUGAACGUCUUGAGCGAAGAUGAAAAGAUUGCCCUUAAUUUGGAGGCUACAAAGAAGUGGCACGUUCCAGCAAAGCUUUUUGGGGUUAUUGCAUUGGGUUCCAUGGCGGCUGCUGUUCAAGGUAUGGAUGAGUCCGUUAUCAAUGGUGCUAAUAUUUUCUACCCUAAAGAAUUAGGAAUUGGAGGAGGUACUAUGAGAGACUCUUGGUUAGAAGGGUUGGUUAAUGGUUCUCCUUACUUGUGUUGUUCCGUGAUCGCAUGUUGGUUAGCUGAUCCAAUGAACAGAAGGUUUGGUAGAAAAUGGACUAUUUUCUGGACUUGUUUCAUUUCGUUCAUUACUUGUGUAUGGAGUGCCUUGGUAAAUAAUUGGUGGCACUUAUUUAUUGCCAGAUUCUUCUUAGGAUUCGGUAUCGGUAUUAAAUCUGCUACUGUUCCAGCUUAUGCAUCAGAAUGUACCCCUGCUCAUAUCAGAGGUGCUUUGGUUAUGAUGUGGCAAUUUUUCACAGCCGUUGGUAUUAUGUUUGGUUACGUUGCAGUUUUAGCUUUCUACUAUGUUGGUAGCCAUGGUAUUGGUGACGGUCUUAAUUGGAGAUUAAUGUUGGGUUCUGCUUGUAUUCCUGCUAUUAUUGUCUUGAUACAAGUCCCAUUUGUUCCCGAAUCUCCUCGUUGGUUAAUGGGUAAGGAUAGACACUUAGAAGCUUUUGAAUCCUUAUGUCAAUUAAGACACGAUAAGAUUUCUGCUGCAAGAGAUUGCUUUUACCAAUACGUUUUGUUAAAGGAAGAACAUGCUUACGCUGGUGUUUCUACAUUCCAACGUAUGAAGGAAAUGUUUACUAUUAGACGUAACAGAAAUGGUGCACUUGGUGCUUGGAUUGUUAUGUUCAUGCAACAAUUCUGUGGUAUCAACGUUAUUGCCUACUAUUCCUCAACUAUUUUCAUUGAAUCUAACAUGGGUGUUAUUUCUUCAUUGAUUGCAUCGUGGGGUUUCGGUAUGAUCAAUUUUACUUUUGCCAUUCCUGCCUUUUACACCAUUGAUACUUUCGGUAGACGUAAUUUGUUGUUGACUACUUUCCCUUUGAUGGCUAUCUUCUUGUUAAUGACAGGUUUCGGUUUCUGGAUCACAGAUAUUCAAGGAAGAGCAGGAUGUGUUGUCACAGGUAUUUACUUAUUCGCUUGUGUCUACUCAUCAGGUGAAGGUCCAGUUCCAUUCACAUAUUCAGCUGAGGCAUUCCCAUUGUACAUUCGUGAUUUGGGUAUGGGUUUUGCAACUGCAACUUGUUGGUUCUUUAAUUUUAUUUUAGCCUUAACAUGGCCAUCAUUAUUGAGAGCUUUCAAGCCUCAAGGUGCUUUUGGGUGGUACGCUGCCUGGAAUAUUGUUGGUUUCUUCUUGGUAUUGUGGUUCCUUCCAGAAACUAAGGGAUUGACUUUGGAAGAAUUAGAUGAAGUGUUCUCAGUUAGUGCUACGAAGCACGCUAAAUGGCAAACUCAUCACAUGUGGAACAACAUCCAAAGACACGUCUUCAGAAGAGAAGUUCCACCUCUUCCUCCAUUGUACAGACAUCAAAGAUUGGCUGUUACCAAUCCAGAAUGGAAUGAAAAGACUGAAGUUUCCCAUGUCGAAUAA